AUGCCUGAGCAGUCCAAGUCGAAAUGGUCUCAUCUUCCGCUGAGCACCAGCGGCCCCAUUGACUGCGCCGUGAGCGGAAGUGUACUUCUCAACACGCCCUACUUCAACCAUGGCUCGGCACACUCUCAGCAGGAGAGGCGGGACUUCGACCUGACUGGUCUGCUCCCAGCCGGCAUUCAGACGUUGGAGCAGCAGGCCAAGAGAGCAUACCAACAGUACUCGUCGCGACAAGAUGAUUUGGCAAAGAACACAUUCUUGACUUCGUUAAAGGAGCAGAACCUUGUUUUAUACUACAGACUAUUGGCGGACCACCUAGAUGAAAUGUUCAGCAUUGUAUACACGCCGACAGAAGGAGAUGCUAUAGAGAACUUUUCGCGGCUAUUUCGAAGAUCCGAGGGAUGCUUCCUGAACAUUAAUGAUCUAGACCGGGUUGAACACGAUCUGUCGCAAUGGGGCACCGCUGAUGAUAUUGAUUAUAUCGUCGUGUCAGACGGUGAAGAGAUUCUCGGGAUCGGAGACCAGGGCGUCGGCGGCAUCCUCAUCUCGAGCGCCAAACUGACGCUCACCACACUCUGCGCCGGUAUCCACCCCGACCGUGCAUUGCCCGUGGUACUCGACUGUGGUACGGACAAUGAAAAGCUCCUCGAUGAUGACCUGUAUCUGGGAAUUAGGCAAAAGAGGGUUCGCGGUGAAAAGUACGACAAGUUUGUCGACAACUUUGUCAAGGCUGCCCGAAAGUUGUACCCAAAGGCGUAUAUCCAUUUUGAGGACUUCGCUCGCCGCAUUCUGGAAAACUACAGACCAGAGAUUCCGUGCUUCAACGACGAUGUCCAGGGCACUGGUUGCGUGACGCUUGCGGCCAUCAUGGCUGGUCUCCACGUCAGCAAGCAGAAGCUGGAGGAUCUCAACAUGAUUGUCUUUGGAGCCGGAACCGCAGGUGUCGGCAUUGCUGACCAGGUCAGGGACGCCAUUGUUGCCUACAAGAACUGCAGCAAGGAGGAUGCGGCCAAACAUAUCUGGCUGGUCGACAAGCCCGGCUUGCUAACCACGCAGACGGACAACCUCUCCCACGCGCAAAAGAUCUACGCCAAGGACGACCCCGGAUUCAGCGGCAAGGGCAACGACCUGCUCGAGGCCGUCAAGCACGUCAAGCCCAAUGUACUCAUUGGCACCUCGACCAAACCCAAGGCCUUCACCGAGGAGAUUAUCAAGGAAAUGGCCAAGCACACGGACCGCCCCAUAAUCCUGCCGCUUUCCAACCCCACGAGACUGCACGAGGCCGUGCCCGAGGAUUUGCUCAAGUGGACCGACGGCAAGGCCCUGGUCGCCACCGGCUCGCCCUUCAAACCCGUGCGCGGGCCCUGGGGCGAGGGCGGCAAGGAGAUCGAGAUCGAGGCCGCCGAGUGCAACAACUCGGUCGUGUUCCCCGGCAUCGGCCUGGGCUCGGUGUUGUGCCGCGCCAACCGCGUCACGGACAAGAUGCUCGUCGCCGCCGUCACGGGCGUCUCGGACAUGAGCCCCGCGCUCGAGGAUCCCAACGCGCCGCUGGUACCCGGCGUGGACAAUGUUCGCGCCGUCAGCGUGCGCAUCGCGCGCGAGGUCAUCAAGGCUGCGGUGGACGAGGGCGUUGCUACGGAAAAGGAGAUUCCGACUGACGACAAGGAAUUGGAUGAGUGGAUCAAGGAGCAGAUGUGGGAUCCCGUGUAUCGGCCACUGAGGCGCAUCGAGCCCAAGGGCGCGAGUCGCCAGGCCAAGGCCGAGCUAAAGGUUGUAGGUAGCUUGGGCAAGGUUGAGUAG